GUCUCCCCCAACACAAAGAGGUUUGCAAGACACACGCAGGCACUUGUCUUAUCAGCCUCCAUCCUGCCACAUCCUGUUCCAGUUAUCAUCUCAGUCGCCUCUCUCCACCACACACACACACACCGCCGCCUACAUCACACGCAUGCGGAAAGCAGUGUUAAGCUGGAUUGUGGUGGUGGUGGUUUGGGGCGCAGCCAGCGAGGGUGCGGGUCAGUCCGCGCCUCUCCUAAGGCCUGACCCCAGACAGUGGGCCGCGCGCCAGACACGGGAAAGAUUCGGGUUUCUGGAUUGGUUGAUUGGAAACUGUAGCAGUAACAGCGGUGAUGGUGGUGGUAGGCGCUGCCAACACCAGGAACCCGAGUUCGAGGGGUAUGACGGCUGGUACAAUAAUCUGGCUCGACCCAGCUUGGGUGCCGUGGCCAUAUACACAGACACUCCUCUCCUGCGCCUACUGCCAGCUGCCUACAGUGACGGGGUGUACCAGCUGGUAAACCACUCCACCAACCCUCUCACACUGAGCGACCAGUUGAUGAAUGGCGACAAUGGGAACCAUUCCACGGGGGGCAGGACUGCCUUCCAGGUCUUUUUUGGGCAGCAAGUGGUGGAGGAGAUCGUGGAUGCGCAGGGAGCUGGCUGUCCCCCAGAGUAUCACAACAUUCCCAUCGAGGAGGGCCAUGAAUACCGCCGCCACCCACCUCACAUGAGGGAGAUGCCUUUCCUGAGGACCCGCUAUGACGCCACCACUGGCUUGUCCCCCAACAACCCCCGCCAACAGCUCAAUGAGAUCACACCCUACCUGGAUGGGGGACUUGUGUACGGCACCUCCAAGGCCUGGGCUGACAUGCUGCGCACCUUUCCAGACGGCACCCUGGCACCAAGAGGACAGCUGGCAUGGAAUCAAAAGCUUGGACAGGGCUUCCCAGCACGGAACAAAGAGUGGCUGCCAAUGGCCAACCCACCGCCUCCGACCAACCACUCCCAGUAUGUGGCCCAGGGACAUACGGCGCCAGUGGACAGGUUCUUUAAGUUGGGCAAUCCUCGUGGAAGUGAGAACCCUUUCCUGUUGACAUUUGGCAUCAUGUGGUUCCGUUGGCACAACUACAUCGCCCGCUACCUGGCCAAUCACCACCGGGCAUGGUCAGAUGAAAAAGUGUUCAAUGAAGCAAGGAAGUGGGUGAUUGCCACAUAUCAGGCGGUGGUCUUCUAUGACUGGCUUCCAAAGUACUUGCGCACAAACCCGUCUGAAUAUAAAGGAUACAAGGUGACCACAGACCCUCAGAUCAGCCAGGUGUUUCAGUCGGCUGCCAUGAGGUUUGGCCACACGUUGGUGCCUUCAGGGGUGCACCUGCGGACUCGGAGCAAGGAAGGAUGUAUCCCUCUGUCACACCAUCUCUCCCAGGGCCCUAGACACCAUUUGGAUGGUGUCAGGACCUGCAACUCCUUCUGGCGAACCCCUGAGCUCUUUGCUGAUGACAGUGGUAACUUUGAGCGUUUCCUGAUGGGUCUGAGCAGCCAGAGCUCUGAGAGGGAGGACAACAUUGUGGUUGAAGACUUAAGAGGCCAUGUGUUUGGGCCACUGGAGUUUUCAAGACGAGACUUAAUGGCAAUCAACAUCCAGCGAGGAAGAGACCAUGGCCUGCCAGACUACAACACAGCACGGCAGUUCUUUGGCCUGAGUCGCCUCCACUCACUAGACCCCAAGGAGUUCAAGAGGAAGACUGGUGCUGAGGUGGACAUCUCAGUUUUGAAGAGGCUGCAAAAAUUGUACCAGAAUGACCCCAACAAGGUGGACAUCUGGGUUGGUGGGCUGCUGGAGACCCACAGCUCAGCACCGGGAGACCUUUUCUCAAGGAUUAUCUUAGACCAGUUCGAACGCAUCCGUGAAGGCGACCGAUUUUGGUUCGAGAAUAACAAUAACAAGUUGUUCACACCAGAGGAGCAGGAGAGGCUGAGGCAGACCCGGAUCAUUGAUGUGCUCCUGACAGUCACAACUCUCCUGCCAGAAGACGACAUUCAGCUGGACCCCUUCACGGCUGUGCACGACAAGAACCGUGUGAGUGAAGUGUGCCUGAGAGAGUUCACCUUGGAAGCCCGGUGUACACUGCCCCAGGGGAACACCACUCGAUGCCAGUACUUGCCUCAGAUCAAUAGUGUUAAUGCAGAGAAAUGCACUCCACUUCACACCUACGACUACUUUUCCGGCUCAGAGGUCUCUUACAUCCUCACUUUCACCUUGGUCCUGGGAGCCUGUGUGGCUAUGUUUGUGUGGAUCAUUGUGAUGAACAGAACGCUGGCGGAUGACAUGACGCGGGACACUCUGAGGAACAUAGCAUUACCUGACAAUGUUCAUAAGGCAAAAGAGAAAGUGACAAGAAUGAAGAGUCGCUAUGUAGUGCUGGAGCUGGACAAGGCCAUCAGGCACCUCCAGGUGAAGAACAUCCAGCUCAACCUCCUGAGGACCAUUGACCUGAACAACGUGAAGGUGGUGACAGUGCGUCACCUCAAGGACUUCCGGGAGCUGAUUGUCACUGUUGCCAACCAUUACGACCUGAGCCUUGUGUUUGAGGGUGCAUCGCAUGGCAGAAAGUUCUUUGAGGACCUGAAGGAUUUCUGUGAAGAUUUGGAUCUUGACCUCAGACACAAACAGGAAGGUCGCCUCUCCAUAAAGUUUGGAGUGACAACCGUGUAUGACCGACAGAAGAAGCUGGCUGAGCUGUGCCGCUUUGUUAUGCAUCACACUGUCUAUAAAGAGAAAACUCCCAAGAAAGUGGAGCAAAAUAAGAGUUUUUUCAUCGACAUCACCUUGGAUGAAUUGGCCAACGAGCUGGGAAUGGUGCCUGAAAACCUCUUCGUAAAGCAGCUGUUCCGUCGCAUGGACACGAACAAGGAUGGCUUCAUCACUGUCAAGGAGUUCUGGGAUGUGAUGGAGGUGCUGGCAAAAGGAAAGCCUGAGGAGAAGGCAAGACUUGUGUUUGACAUCUACGACAUCAAUCAGUCCAACUUCCUCUACACAGAAGACCUUGUGAGGCUUAUCCAGUCCGGCUGUGGGUAUGAUAGCACGGAUGCAAAGUCAUUGGCAAAGGCAAUGAUGAAGUCAGCAGGAAUGUUGAAGGACGAAGGCAUCAGCUUUGAGAAGUUCAAGAACAUUGUCCUUCAUCCGGGAAGCAUCUUCCGGAAAGUUUCCCUUCACAUCGGCAAGGACAGACAGUUGACUCGCUCCUUCAGCAUUGACAACUUCGAGUCAUUCAGGGGACGUUUGGAGAGUGAGACAGGAGAUACCAAGGAUGAUGACACUGACUCUGCCUUCUCCCAGUGGUACAAUGGCUGGAUCAACAGCAUAGGAAGCAAAAUACAAUAUGUCUUCUGGCUUGUGCUGUACACCAUUGUCAUGUUUCUCAUAUUUGCAGAGAGAGCAUACUUUUUCUCUGUGGAGCGGGAGCACAGGGGCCUGAGGAGGAUAGCAGGAUAUGGAGUGACAGUGACUCGAGGAGCUGCCUCCGCCAUGAUGUUCACUUACUCCACGCUGAUUGUCACCAUGUGUAGGAACCUGUUUGCUGUCCUCAGAUCCACCUUCCUCCAACGCAUCAUUCCUUUUGACCACAUGGUGGAGUUUCACCGCUACAUGGCGUCCUGGGCAUUGGUGUGGACAGUGGUGCAUAUUGUGGGUCAUGCCAUCAACUUUUAUCACAUCUCCACCCAGACUGCAUCUGACCUCACCUGCCUCUUCCGAGAUUUCUUCAGGAGUACACAUGUGCUUCCCAAGUUCCACUACUGGUGCUGGGAGACCAUCACAGGCCUCACUGGUGUGCUGCUCACCCUCCAGACAGCUCUCAUCUACAUCUUUGCUUACUUUGGGAGGACAAACUUCUUCCGUCAUUUCUGGGUGACUCACAACACCUACCCCAUCUUCUAUGUGCUGUUUGUCCUUCAUGGGUCAGGGAUGCUGGUGCAGCGACCUUUCUUCCACUACUUCUUCCUGGGGCCAUGUUUUCUCUUCCUCCUGGACAAGCUGGUCUCCAUCUCCAGAAAUAAAAUAAAGAUUGACAUCAUCAGUGUCGCACAGCUGCCAUCUGACGUAAUUCGUCUAGAAAUUCGACGUCCGCCCAAUUUCAAUUUCCGAUCAGGCCAGUGGGUGAAGAUUGCCUCAACUGGCAUCAGCGGACAGGAGUACCACCCCUUCACCCUGUCCUCAGCACCUCAUGUGAAGAACCUCACCCUGCACAUCCGUGCAGUGGGACCUUGGACCAGGAAGCUGGCUGAGGUUUAUGGAGACAAAAUAGGCAACGAAAAGUAUCCUGAAAUUUACAUGGAUGGUCCGUUUGGCGAGGGACAUCAGACAUGGUGGGACUAUCAGGUGGUUGUUCUGGUGGCCGGUGGGAUUGGUGUGACACCCUUUGCCUCCAUCCUGAGGGACAUGGUGAACCGGCUACAGAACUCUACCAAAAUGAUGCGCACCAAACAGGUACUGUUUUUGUGGACCACGAGGAGCCAGAAGCAGUAUGAGUGGAUGAUUGAUAUCCUGAGGGAGGUGGAGGCAUCGGACAAGAACAAAAUCAUCAGGAUCCACAUAUUCAUCACUCAGUUCAGGAGCAAGUUUGAUCUGCGAACCAUCAUGCUAUAUAUGGCUGACAGAUUCUACCAGUCUGAGUCUGGCAUCUCGCUCUUCACUCAGCUCCGUGCUAUCACUCACUUUGGUAGACCAGACUUUGAUGCCAUCCUCAGGACUAUCAAGAAGAAAUGCAAGGCAAACUUGAUUGGUGUGUUCACGUGUGGGAGCCCUGGACUGAGCCGCUCUGUUGAGGAAAGCUGCCGUGAGAUGAACAAGUCUCCUGAUGUGAUAUUCCGCCACUACUACAAGAACUUCUGAGGUUGUGUGGAGGACUUGUUGCUGCAUCCCAGAUACUAGUUGGAACAUAUGGAACCGCAGCAGGUUGGUUUAGGGCCAUGUAGUUCCUAGUUAACCUAGGACCAUACUCUGAAACACUUCUGCACUAUAUCUCCAGUACAUUUGAAAGGCUCUAGUUGAAGUUACAUGGUAUUUUUGCAUUAUGAAUAGGAGAAGUAGUCUUGAGAAGUCAGCUAAUCAUUUCUGUGGGCUCUGAAAAUAGUCAAAGUGAGAGAAUAAAGCACUUUUUAGAUGUUCUUAUCAUUCUAAUGGCAGAUUAACAAGAUUUCUACAUUAUUAACAGGAGAAACACUCUUGAGAACCUAGCUAAUCAUUGUUGUGGCCUUUGAAAAUAGUUGUGGUGAGAGAGCAAAGUGUCUCAGAAUAUGAAGCCUAUGUAACAUUGAGUCUGUAUGUGAUUCAGUGCCUCUUGCAAAUUUGUGGACCUUAUUUUUUUUAAUUUCUGGACCAGUCAAAGUGAAAUGGACCAGGAUGAGAUUGUGUACCCUUAAAAAAUCUAAGUUAAAAAAAUGCAAAUUUCAUGUUUGUUGAAUAGAGAUUUGCAUGUAUACUUGUGUAGCAUUAUUAAAUUGUGCUGUAUGCACAAUUGUGUAGUGAUAUUGUGCUGUAUGCUUGUACUGUGAUUGUUGGACUGUAUUGUAUUGUACCAGCUUGUGGUGUUCAUAUGGUGUAUACUUGCACUGUGCAUGUUGGGCAGUGUAUUGUAUCACCUUGUGGUGUUGCUGUUGUUCCUUCCUUUGAUUUAGUAACAGUCUCUUAAGAAAAGCUGACACUCAGUAGAUUAUUAAUUAGCACAUCAUAGAACCUAAAAGUGAAUGUAAGUACAGCAUGUUACUUGGCGAUUUAUUAGAACAGUUUGUAUGUAUGUACUUAUAGCAGCCCUACAUGAUUGUCCUUAUCAAGUGCAAGAGUAUACAGUAAUUCCUACAGUAUACAUCCCAGUUUGUGUAUGGCAUGUCUGAAUGUUGCAUUUGUCCAGGUAUUUGAGGGAUUAAUGCAGGGAUUCUCAACUUUUCCUCCAUCAUUAAUCCUCACAGCUUGAUGUAUUUCUCUAUUUACCCUCUUACUUCCAUACAAAAAAAGAAAAAAAAAAUCAUGGCCAUUCCUCUCUACACACACACACACACACACACACACACACUCUCUCUCUCUCUCUCUCUCUCUCUCUCUCUCUCUCUCUCUCUCUCUCUCUCUCUCUCUCUCUCUCUCUCUCUCUCUCUCUCUCUCUCUCUCAUUUUACAAAAUAAAACUUAAUUUAAUUCAA